AUGGCCGACCUCCUCUCCCUCCCGCCCGAGAUCCUGCAUCGAAUCUGCAGCUGCGCCAAUCUGCCCACCCGCAAGGUUCUCCGCCUGACUAACAGCUUGCUGUCCGAGAUCGCGGAGCAGUGGGUCUUUGCAAGCCUCAAUGUCUCCCCGCUGCUGGAGAGCUGUGAGCGGUUGCAGAAUGUACUGGUGAACCCCAGACUUGCUGCUCAUACCACCAAGAUUUACUUGAUGACGUAUGAUCUUGACGAGGACGGCGACUACAUGCACUACGUCGACGCCGAAGACGAAGACUACGAGCCCGCAGACGAAGUCGACCUCCCGCAGCGCUUCUGGGAGCUGUUCGGCCGACUGCGCGACUUUCCCCGUCUACAGAGUGUCGCGCUGAUCUUCCACCCGGAGCAUUCCAACAACGAGUGGCAGGAUGUCCCGCAGGAGCUGGAGGCGUUUCGCGCCCCUGUCACUAAGAAGGCAUUUGGCGCUUUUGCUUCGCUGCCACUGCCACUAAAGGAGCUGGUCAUUCGGGAUCUGCAUAAUGCGUAUGAGGAGGAUCCGACCGUGUUAGAUAAUAUCAAUACCGUCCUAACCGGCCUGCAAUCGUUACGGCUCAAUAUCACGAAUGAGCACCGCGAGUACCACCGCGAGCUUGACUAUCGGCGGGAAGAGGCGCAUGAGUACUACCAAGCCAUUCCGUCCUUCUGGUUGAAGCCGACGACGGCGACGCUGCAGCAUCUCACCCUCUAUUCGAGUGUGUUCUGCGGGUUCUAUCCCCGACUCGACUUUCGUGGCCUGCAUUUCCCGCAGCUCAGGGGCCUAGCGCUCGGAAAUUACGGCUUUGUGCACGAUUCCCAGCUCGAUUGGAUCCUUGAGCACGGCGAAACCCUGGCAGAGCUGUAUCUUGACGACUGCGCGAUCCUGCACGAAGUCUCCAUCAAAGACAUCGAAAACACGUACCUCCCCUCAUCGCAAUUCACACAAAAGGACGGACUCCUUGAUAACCUCUACGCCUCCUACAAAGCGCGCUGGGCGGAUUACUUCCGAGCCUUUGAAACUCUCCCUCGCCUCCGCCACUUCCGGUACGGACACUGCCCAGACGGAUGGACCUUCAACAGCGCGCCAUUUGAGCAGGAGACUCAGAUUGAAAUCGGCUUGCAUGAAGAGAGCUACCUUGUCUUCUGUGACGGGUUCGGACCGAGCCCGUAUAUGUCCGAGCUUAUUUACCGAUAUCCGAAGGCGGAUGGGGACGGGAUGGACUAUGUGCAUGGGACACCGGUGACACCUUCGGAUGAGGACCGGGAGGCGCUGGUCAGGCUCUGUACGAAGCUGGGACAGUCUGUGCCGCCGCCGAGUGAGGAAUAG